CAUCUUUUAGACGAACACGAAAAACUGGCAGGCGAUCAUGCACUAGGAGCAACAAAUACGAUGAAUACACCGUUAACAUCAUCGCCAGAGAAUAACAUGCGACAAUUCCAAGGAAAUUAUCCUUUUCCUUCGCCCGGAUACAGACCGCAAAGGUGUCCCUUGUGCGACAGUUCAAUUUAUCCUUAUUGCGGCGAA